GGUAAGCACAGGUAAUUGUGUGCUGUGUGUACACCUUUACACGACCGACCUCUCCCACAGGUGUGUCACAAUGGACACAGACACAGAUCCCAAGUUUUCGGAUGUCUGCGGUGAAAACAUAGACCUGUCUGAGAACCGGAAGCGAGCUAGAUGGCGCCACAAGUAUUCCGCCGGGCGGCUGUUUGUGUCUCGUCCCAUGCGAGAGGACGAGCAGCUGGACGUCUUAUUGGACGGGAGUGGUCACGUGGGAAUAGGCUUAAUCAAAUGUGACCCCGGUGAACUAAAACAUCUACGGGAGGAUGGUACCGGAAAUUGUAAACCGAAACUAGUGACCGACAUCCGGGUCCAUAGACGGGAGUGUUCAGUGAGCAUAAAACAGCGACAGGAGGUGAAAGCAACAAAAGUGGACAUCAAUUAUCUAGGUCAAAAGGUUGUGGUCAAGGUCAAUAAAGAUGAAAAGUUCUGGCUGACCUUUGAACUCAAGUUCGGCUCCGUUGUCGUUAAGUUCGGUAGCCCGGAUAUCUGCUUUCACCCAAACAGCGACAGGAACAUCCGGUUCCUGGACAAGGACCGCCGGUCAGCCAAACUAGACGUGGAGUAUCCCGCGGUCACCUGCUGCCUCUGGCGGAAGCUGCGCGUUAACGAGUACGUGACAUUCAGUGUACUUCCGCUUAAAGAUGGCGACAAGGAUCCCUCUACGUAUCACGUAGUACUAGGCGUGAGCCAAUUAGAUGCUACGCAACUGCGGUCACGUGACCCAGAGAGCUUCCGGUCGGAUUCACGUGUGCCGAUUCCCUAUCGAUGGAAAGUGAUUAAUCGUUUUGACAAAGACGUGUGUUACGGGGAAAUACGAGUGGGCCUCGGACCAAACGGGAAAAUCAGGGCAUUUCAUUCCGGGGGAUUCGAAACGGAAAUGGAUUUCGAUCCGGAAGUGAAGUGUUCACAAUAUCUUUUUGUUCUCAGUUUGUUUAGAACGGAAGUUCGGAUCAAGGACCUGGUAGUGGAGGAAACACAUUACGACUACGCUUUACAGUCCUUUCGGAAAGCCUCCACAAAAUCCAAGAGUGAAUCGUAUUACAUUGACAUUAUUGGGGACGAUGUUCCCAUUAAUUGUGACGAACAAAACGAACAAGAACUAAGGAGGGUAAAAAGCCGAAGUUACCCGAUGGCAUUACAACAAACAGGAAAUGACCAAAGAACUUCCUUGGACAUCCGUCCUCGGCAGCCGUCUGACAAUUAUUACGAUGACGUAGCUGUGGGGAUUCCCAAUGGGGAAUGCAUGGAUGACGCAGUUUACAAUGACGUCAUAAAUGACGUAAGUACUAACAGCGAAUCAAAGUUUGGCAGCAAUCAACAAUCAAUAAAAUCCGAACGCCAUUACGACGAAAUAGAUGUACAAAGUAUUAGUCCUAAAUCAGCGAAGAAGACAAACAAAUCUCCCCUUAUACUGAGAAAACCCGUCUCCAAGCUGAUGGAUAAAGUGGCAGGGAUCAAGAAUGUGUUUGUAAAACGAGCUGAGCACCCCUAUGACGAAGUGGGCGACCCCGCCCCCGCUCACGGCUUGGUUACUAACCUUAGGUCAGUCCCCUGUGGAGGAAGUGACGUUGUGGAGGAUACUUACUGGGAAGUGAAGGAAAUCACGCGGGUAGAGGAAGAGAAAGAACCACACCCAGUGAUCGUUAAAUCUGAAUCAGAAGACUCGGCUGCCGACUGUAACUAUCUCUCAGAAAACAACAAACCGAAGAAUAACAAAGACACAAGGUCUGAUGUGAACGAGUCACUUCAGACACUAAAGAUUAGCGAGAAUCCCACCGACAACAAAACUCUCGGCUCAAAAGACAACCAGACAGACAGAAGCAUUAGAAAUGCCGGGAUGAGUCGUGAGAUAGCUUCCGAUGAGGAAUCAUCCGGGAAUUCUGUGAACGUGAAGUUGUUAAUUCAGAAAUUCGGCGGAAAUGAGCAGGCGCAAACCUGCGCUGUGAGACAGAAAAAUCUCCGAACACCGCUGCUUCACACAAGCCCUUCAGCUCCAGUUCUCGCCAACAGAUCAAAUUCAGACGAGAGUCUCGCACAUUCUCGAAGUCAAGCAACGCUAUAUAACGAAAACGAUCCCGCGGCAGAAACCAACAAGAAAUCCGCCCUGCUGAGUGACACGUUUGACUCUAUAAACGUUCUGCUAAACAUUGGGAAAGGAAAGAAACGGAAAGAUAAAAAACAAACAAAAAGUUAGUUCGAAAACAAUGUAGAUCACCAUAUAUCCAACUUUUUCUACCUUUUGUGCCAUUUCAAUGCAAUACAUGUCUCUUUGUGCAUACGAGAGAGAGAGAGAGAGAGAGAGAGAGAGAGAGAAAGAGAAAGAGAGAGAGAGCAAUGAAUUCU